AUUCCCAUGGAGAAUGAUACAGAGGUGAUGGAUUUCAUUCUGGUGGGUCUAUCCAAUAAUCCAGAACUUCAGAUUCCCUUUUUUAUUGUGUUCACCCUCAUUUACCUCAUCAGUGUUUUGGGGAACCUGGGGAUGAUCAUGUUGAUCCUACUGGACUCCCAUCUCCACACUCCCAUGUACUUUUUCAUCUUUAACCUGUCUCUGGUGGACUUCGGGUGCUCUUCAGCUGUCACACCAAGAGUGAUGGCUGGGUUCCUUGUAGGAGCCAAGGUCAUCUCUUACAAUGCAUGUGCUGCUCAGAUGUUCUGUUUUGCAGCAUUUGCCACUAUAGAAAAUUACCUCCUGGCAUCAAUGGCCUAUGACCGCUAUGCAGCAGUGUGUAAGCCCCUCCAUUACACCACCACCAUGACCACAGGUGUGUGUGCACGUCUGGCCAUAGGCUCCUAUGUCUGCGGUUUUCUGAAUGCCUCCAUCCUUGUUAGAGACACAUUCAGUCUUUCUUUCUGUAGGUCCAAUGUGGUCCAUCACUUUUUCUGUGACGUUCCAGCUGUGAUGGCUCUCUCUUGCUCUGGUAAACACAUUAGUGAGGUGAUUCUUGUUUUUAUAUCGAGUUUUAAUGUCUUUGUUGCUCUUCUGGUUAUUUUUAUUUCCUACCUGCUCAUAUUUAUCACCAUCUUGAAGAUGCAGUUGGCUAAGGGAUACCAGAAAUGUUUGUCCACCUGUGCCUCUCACCUCUCUGCAGUCUCCAUCUUCUAUGGGACAGUCAUCUUCAUGUACUUACAGCCCAGCUCCAGCCAUUCCUUGGACACAGACAAGGUGGCAUCCGUGUUCUAUGCUAUGGUCAUCCCCAUGCUGAACCCUGUGGUUUACAGUCUGAGGAACAAAGAUGUCAAAAGUGCAUUUAAGAAGUUUUGGGGGAGGUAA